ACCGAAUCUCGAAAGAUUUGACCAAUAUCAUGAACGACACCCCGAUCCGUCUUAUACAUCUAUCGGACAUGAAGCUCGUUGGGCGUUAUGACGUGAAGAAGCGCUCGCAGGGCUUUGUCCCUCUAGAUAGGGUGGUACGUUAUCCCUGGCAAAUCUAUGAUCCCUCCCAAACAGUCAAAUAUGCCGUUCUGUCUCACCGAUGACUGAAUGAAGGAGAACCACCUAUGAAGAGAUGAAAAAUGACACGGUAGCAGCUCUGGGAUAUGAGAAGCUGAGGAAGUUUUGUGACAAAGCCAAAGAAUACAAUGUGGAAUUCGUGUGGUCGGAUACCUGCUGCAUCGACAAGAGCAGCCAUACUGAUAUCGGUGAUUCGAUCCGCUCUAUGUUUCGGUGAUACAGAAACUCGACCAUUUGCAUCGUUCAUCUGGCAUAAAGCGGGACCUCAGAUCUUAUGAUGGGUAAUGAAUGGAUGAAGAGAGGCUUUGACUCUUGUCGCUUGAUCACCCGUCAGGGGCAUACAGUGCUUGUUGAAGAAUCUGAUCCUUCUGGGUGUAAGAAGUUCGGGCAAUGUCCGGAGUCGAUCUGGAGAUUCUGGAGCGAGCCACUGGCAUUCCCCAUGAAGACUUAUACGAAAUUUAUCCUAAUGCGUACAAGGGGGUGGAUGAACGGACUCGGACGUCGUGGUCAGCCGGGCGCACAACAAAGGUCGAAGACGUGGCCUAUUCCAUUCUCCAGACUCACGGAGGCCAUCAUGAGGACCGGUUCCCCAUCAGUAUCUUCAACUAUAAAGGCCAUGCUGCAUCACAUCACAGUUCUCG